GCUGACCUUCUCUCUUUGUCUCUCUCUAUUCAUGACUUCCCCUUUUGCAAGCAAUAAACAUUAUUUCUGCUUCACAUGCUCUUCUUCCCUAUUCCAUCAUUUCUCCUUUUCUCUCUCUCUUCUCUGUAUUAUUUUUAUUUGGGUGGUGAAUUUCAGAGGAUUAAUUCAGACUCCAUUGUUGAUUGGUUGAAGUUCAUGAAUUUCUGUUGAAUUUCUAGAAAGAGCAAAAAUUGAAGAAAUAUGGAUGCUUUGAUCAUCAUCAUUAACAAAUCAUGACCCAGAUUGUCAGAACCAGUUAAAAUCACUGUACCAAAUCUGUUUUCUGGAUUCAGCAACAACAACAAAAUGGGUAAAUCUGGGUUCAAAUUUACAUCAAUAAUCUUCUUUGGAAUAUGUUUAUUACAUGUUUAUGGUGAACCAUGGGGUGACAAACAAGCAUUACUCGAGUUCUUACAAUACACAUCACAUUCGCGGUCUCUGAAUUGGGAUCAGAAAACUCCUGCAUGCACCAGUUGGACUGGUGUAACCUGUAAUGAUCAGAAAACUGCUGUUAUCGCACUCCGAUUACCGGGAAUCGGAAUCCGAGGAUCGCUUCCUUCGAACACGAUUAGCCGUCUUUCUUUCCUUCAAACACUUAGUCUUAGAAACAAUGGGAUUUCAGGGAGUUUUCCAUCAGAUUUUUCCAAGUUGAGUAACUUAACUUCUUUGUAUUUACAGUCAAACAGGUUUUCAGGUCCUCUGCCUUCAGAUUUCUCUGUUUGGCAAAACAUGGUAGUGUUGAACUUAUCCAAUAACAAUUUCAAUGGAAGUAUACCUCCUUCGUUUACAAAUUUAACCCAGAUUACGACCCUCGAUCUUUCGAGAAACUCGCUUUCGGGUCAAAUACCUGAUCUGGGUAUCCCAAGUUUGAGGUUUCUGAACUUUUCUGACAACCAUUUGAAUGGGAGUGUUCCUAAUUCCCUUUUAAGAUUCCCAAGUUCAUCUUUUGGUGGUAAUAAUGUUACCUCAAGGGAGAUUUCAAUUCCUCCUAUACCAUCAUCAAUCCCGACUAACGGGACAACCCGUAAGUCCAAACGGAUCAGUGAGACGGCAUUGUUGGGGAUAGUUGUCGCUGGUGCUGUCAUCUUGUUUGCUAUGAUUGCAGUCUGCAUGAUCCUUGUUUUCUCGAACAGAAAAAGCAAGAACCAGGAAAACAAUGGUGUAGACUCACAAAACACGAACAAAUUCUACACGAAGAAGAAGAGAUCGCGGUCACCUACAGAAACCCGAGAAGAGAGGAACGCGAGGAUCACGUUCUUCGAAGGGUCUAACAUGGCAUUUGACUUGGAAGAUCUUCUUCGGGCCUCGGCCGAGGUGCUCGGUAAGGGCAUGUUUGGGACAACGUAUAAGGCCGCCUUAGAGGAUUCUACCACCGUGGUUGUGAAGAGGCUGAAGGAAGUGAAUGUGGGAAAACGGGAAUUCGAGCAACAAAUGGAGAUUGUUGGUAAUAUUAAGCAUGAUAAUGUGGCUCCUUUGAGAGCUUACUAUUAUUCCAAAGAUGAAAAACUCAUGGUUUAUGACUAUUUCAGACAGGGCAGCUUAUCAACAAUGCUACAUGGAAGAAAAGAAAACCGAGCUCCAUUAGACUGGGAAACCCGGCUAAAAAUCGCCACAGGAGCAGCAAAAGGCCUUGCACACAUGCAUUCCCAAAACGGCGGGAAACUAGUCCAUGGUAACAUAAAAUCCUCAAACAUUUUCCUCAACCAGCAAAACUACGGUUGUGUUUCCGACCUCGGCUUAGCAACCAUAGUAACAACCACGGCCCCACCAAUCCAACGAAUAAUAGGGUACCGGGCCCCGGAACUCACGGACCCCCGGAAAGCAACACAAAUGUCGGAUGUCUACAGUUUCGGAGUCCUGAUACUAGAACUCCUGACAGGAAAACCUCCCCUAGGGGAAGGCACACACCUGGUGAAAUGGGUGUAUUCAGUUGUCAGAGAAGAGUGGACUGCUGAAGUAUUUGAUGUGGAGCUUUUAAGGUACCCUAACAUUGAGGAAGAGAUGGUUACAAUGUUACAACUAGGUAUGGCUUGUACUGAACGGGUCCCGGAGAAGCGGCCGAGGAUGGUAGAGGUGGUGAAGAUGGUGGAGGAUAUACGGCGGGAAAACUCCGAUACGCGGCUGUCGUCAGAAGUUUCAACUCCAACACCAACAGGACUUUCACAUUCACAUACAACAGAAACAGGAUCAUCUAACUAUGUCACCCCACAAUAUUAAGAUUAUAAGAUUGCUUUGUCUUUGUAGUUAAUUUUAGUUGUAACAAAUUAUUGCUGGAUUUUUUAUUAUUAUUUUUAAUUAGAAAUGAUGAUUUUGCUUAUAAA